UUAUCGACUCAUUUACGUGCCGAAUUACUGUGGCGAGCUGCAAAAGCUUGCCAUUCUAUAUCAAAUACGAUCGAUUCGAAAGAUUCGAGGAAAAAAGAAUGGAUUUUUAAAGGAGUUGAAUUCGUAACUGAAGCUGUAAAUAUCACUGAUGCAAAUUUUGAUGUGUUGAAAUGGGCUGCCAUACUAAUUGGUGAAUCAACUGAUUUUUUAUCUUCGUCUGGGAAAAUAAAACAAGGGCAACUUUUCAAGGAAUAUUUAGAUAAAGCGAUUGCACUGAAACCAAUGGAGUAUACACUUUUGCAUAUGCGAGGCCGUUAUUUUUACUCGAUUGCAAAUCUUUCAUGGUUGGAGCGUAAACUCGUUAAUACGUUGUGUCCUUCAAUAACUGCUACCAUUGAUGAUGCACUCAACGAUUUUCUGAAGGUUAAUGUCCUAAUCGACAAUCUUCUAUUCUUAGCUCGUUGUCUUAUUUCAAAAAAUGACAAAAAACGUGCAAUGAUGUAUUUGACAAGAGCAAGUCAUUUGACACCUAAAAAUGAAGCUGAAAACCAGGUAUUAAAAGAAGUAAAUGAUUUAUUAACUCGAUAUAAACUUAAUUGUUAG